AGGCUUUAAGAUGAAGGCGGACAGCAGCCGACUGUGAUUUCCUGCAUGGGUGCAGCUCUGCUGAGCCACAGCUGUCUUAUUGAUGGGACAAACAGCAUUUUUGCCACGUGGUUGAUGUUCUGGACAUGUCUCGUUCCGAUUAGUCCACUUUGCUAACCGUGGCUUGAUUAUUGUAAUUCUGACCCAACCUUUUCCUGUUUUGGUCCUCUUGUUUCUCGCGGCCAAGUUGAGCCGAGCUAAUGAGUGGUGUGUUUGCAAUGAGCUUUGAUGGAUUGUGUGUCUCUGUGUCAUCCAGGCAGUGUGGCAAGCGUAGAUAAGCCCCCUUAUGAGGUGAAAACCCUUCCCCGUCCUGCAGUAUCCCCUCCCAGCACCAACAGCAGGAAUAAGGGAUGUCACGACUGUUCCUUUUCUCGGCAAUGCUGAUUGUCUCCUGCAGCAUUGAGGUGUCUCCUGCUGCGUCUCUGGAUAAGCUGAAGGAGAGUUGGAAGUUGUACAUGGAGGAGUGUGAUCGCAACAACAGCCGCGAGCCGCCAAGCACCGGCGUCGUGUGCAACAGGGAAUUUGACAAUUACGCCUGUUGGCCCGAUGGACUCCCCAACACCACCGUCAGUGUGUCGUGUCCUUGGUAUUUGCCGUGGCACCAUGAAGUUCAACACGGCAUGGUGUAUCAGGAGUGUGAUGCAAACGGCCAGUGGGUGACAAUGAAGAAUACCAGCGAGUGUGACUCUAAUGAUCCAAGUCUGCAGUACUAUGGCCAUAUUCGGAUCAUGUACACUGUGGGCUAUUCCUUAUCACUGGUGGCUUUGGUGUUGGCGCUUGGCAUCCUCAUAUUUUUCAGGAAACUGCACUGCAUGAGGAACAACAUCCACAUGAAUCUGUUUGCCUCCUUCAUCCUGCGAGCGCUGUCUAUCCUCAUCAAAGACGCUCUGAUGGAGGCCAACGUCACGUCGCAGGACCUCAGCAGUGACCAGGAGCAGGGAUUCCCACGGGCAUCUAUGCCUCCAGUGGAGCUGCUGGUCAACAAUGAGACAGCGGUUAACUGUCGCAUCGCCAUGGUGAUGAUGCAGUACAGCAUCAUGGCCAACAGCUACUGGCUGCUGGUGGAAGGCAUCUACCUCCACAACCUGCUGGUCAUCACCGUGUUUACAGAGAGGAACUACUUCAAAAUCUACCUGUGCAUUGGCUGGGGCACCCCAUUAAUAUUCCUCGUGCCCUGGAUGAUAGCUAAACACCUUUAUGAAAAUCAAGAGUGCUGGGGGCAAAAUAUAAACAUGAAUUACUGGUGGAUCAUCCGUUCCCCGAUACUGCUGGCUGUUGUGAUCAACUUCCUCAUCUUUAUCCACAUCAUCAAAAUUCUUGUGUCAAAACUUCGAGCGCACCAAAUGAGAUACACAGAUUACAAAUUCAGGUUGGCUAAGUCGACUCUAACCCUGAUCCCUCUGCUGGGCAUCCAUCAGGUGGUCUUCAUCUUUGUCACGGACGAGUCCACAAAGGCCACCAUCGGACUGCGUCUCACCAAGCUCUUCAGCGACCUCUUCUUCUCCUCCUUCCAGGGUCUCUUGGUGGCCAUCUUGUACUGCUUCGUCAACAAAGAAGUGCAGUCAGAGAUCCUGAAGAAGUGGAAGCGCUGGAAGCUAGGGAGGAACAUCGAGGAGGAGUACCGCCACACCUACAGCAAUACCCCCAACACCAAGACAGCUAGCCUGUUGAACCACGUCUCCCGACUGCCUCAUCUCCCGGACAUCGCCAAAACCUCGUCCCCGGUCUGCAGCCCCGAGGAGACGCACAUGCUUGUGGCUGGAUGCCACAACGGUGGGGUCAGCAGUAAGGGGGCAAGUCGGUGCACCUCACCCAUUCACGAGGGAACCAUCAGCAGCUGCACACUACUGGAGGACAUCAGCCUUACGGACAAGGUGCAGUGUUACGAGGGUCAGAGAGAGAACGUGGAGAGCCACCUUUGAGAGGAGCUGUGAACAAGAACAUGAUGAGGAGGAAUGUUGGAGGGCCUUGAGCUCUCAUCUGGCUCUGACAUACUGCCCUGGGUGGUUGUGAAGAGCUGGGCUGACUCAUCCGUCAAAGCGGUCUUAGUCCAGAGGCCAAUGUCACCUGAAGGCCAAGUAGCACUCGGCCCUCUCCACAGCCUGAGAACGGAGAAUAAUACGGCAGACUCCCACGCUGAGAAGUGUAAUGUGAUGUGAGCCUCGUGAAUGGAUUCCUGUAGAUGUUUGUCGGACUGCGAAAGGAACUGCUGCAUGUUGAACAAUGCAGCAUCUCAAGGCAGAUCAGCCAUGCAAAAUAAUAAUUAAAAAAAAAAGAAAAACCUCAAACCUCAAAUUGCAACAAAACAAGACGACAACAACAAAAAAAAACAGGGUCAUUGCUUGAGCCUCUACUUUACUUUGUGCUGUGUAUCAAAUGUGUGUUUUUGCGGUACUGGAGGUUUAAGACAAACUGGAUAUUGAACUGCCUACACAAAAAAAAAAGACCAAAACUACGUAGAUGGUAGGGAACAGAGGCUUUUCUAUUUCCUUUGCUCCUGUAUCUGUAAAUGAUUUCUUGUCUAUACUGACUUUGAUGAAAAUGUACAGAAAAGAAGAAACGUUCUGCUGGCUGUAGCUCGUACAGUAAGGUGACCACAGUGCUGCUCAAGCAGGUAAAGAGAAAGGUUGAAUUAUGAAUAGCUUAAAAUGAUCAUCGUUUGACUAGGUGUUUUACAAUAAGACAAUGUGUGUUUUUUAUACCUUGGAUACUGCCGAGUCUACAGUUGUGACUGUGUUUAUGUGCCAGGUGUGUUUUCAAGGGGAACAGUUGCAGUUCUGUGCCAUUACAUGUGUUUUCCUUUCCCCCUUGCUAUCAAGAUGUUGUCCGACUCACACACCCUGGCGUACUAUAUGAAGCUCUACACAGUAGCCCACUCAACAAUUGAGAUGACAGCUGACAGGAGAAAGGAUAAAAAAAUACCCAGCUAAUAGACAUGACCUGUAAAGCCACACAUGCAUAAAGUAUGAAUCAAACACUGUGACUCAAAGCAACAUGUCAACUCUGGCGCAAAGGUGUUUUUUUAAAAGUCUAAAUAUAGGUUUAAGCAGUGCCAUCCCAUCAGUAUUUACAUUGUGCACACGCCAGAAAAUCAGAAAGCCUGUGUCAGUGAUGCAUCCAGUACAGUGUUUAAUAUUCAGACUAAUCCCGUCUGACACUUAGAACAAAACUCUGUCCCCUGAAAGCAGAACAAAACCUCUAAUGACAAAGAAAGCCAAAAUUAGCAGCGGUACAUUUGCUUCUGAAUAUGUUGCAUUGAUUUUUAAAGAAAGGACGUCUCCUACAGAAUGUUAAUAUUUGAGUUGCUAAACCUUUUGCCAGAACUAACUCAACUUGACCGUGUAUGUAUGACUAUUUGCACAACGUUAAUUUAUAAUUGGUAAACUCUGUGUGUGUGUAUAUAUAUGUAUAUAUGUGUGUGUUAAACAGGUGAUUUAUUUGAUUGCUGUCAAUAUUGUAUUUGCCUAUGUGUAUAUUUUUUCAGGUGAGUAUGAAUGGGUGUGGCUUCAGUAUUCCAGAUUUGUGGAUGUUGGAUGAAUCGUCGGCUGCUGAUGAUAUGAACCAGUACAACUGGGUUCACACAGCACAGAGGUGGUUAUCAGUCCCACUCUAGCAUAUACAGUAUGGCACCACAUGACAUUCCCAGAAGUCAUGCCUAUAUAGAGGCAUAAGGAGGACAUUUUAUCAUGGAAGCGACUCUCGGUGUCAUUUUGUAGUUUCACAGCUAAAUUAGAGCACGACAGCAGCAUGUUUGUCAUCCAGAUAACAGCUCUGUGCAUUUACACUUCAGCCAGGUGCAGGCGUUGAGUCUGUUAAAAAAAAAAAAAAAGAGGCUAUUUUUCAUCAACGUCUGCGGAGGAUUGUAAUAGAGCAGUCCAACACUCAGAACUGAGCUGGGAGCAUGAUGCUGCUGUUGCCCGAGGGUGAAUUUACAGUGUUUUUCUCGUUUUCCAGGGCGGGAGAAAUGCUCGGAUACUGACACAGAAACAAAGGA